AUGUCUUCCUCAUACACGGUCUUUUUUGACAAGUACUGGGUCAACACUAGUUUGACGGUGAUGAUAGUUUAUGCCAUCGUAUCGUCGUUCACGGUCUUCGCGAAUUUGCUUCUCUGUGUGGCAUUUUAUAAAGAUCCCUUCGGUGAACUAAGGACUGUGCAGAAUUACUAUAUUCUCAAUUUGGGAAUCGCUGAUCUUAUCAUGGGCGUUAUUUCAGAACCUCUGAUGGUGGUAACUUACUGGAAUAGUCACAGCCUUAUAUAUUUCAUUCAUUAUUUGUUCGCUAUCAUCUCCGCAUCGUGUUCUUUACUGAACAUCACAGCGCUCUCUAUAAUCCGCUAUUUUGCCGUGAAGCAGCCCUUUCAAACGCAGAGCAUCGUUAACAAACGGAGCGUGUUGAUAAGUAUUGGUGUUAUGUGGGUAACAGCCAUACACUAUCCCAUGCUUCUCGUUCUUGGAUGGAGAGAAAAAGCAUUUCAGCUGUAUUUGUAUGUUUGCGGUUGCAUUAUCCCUACUAUAGUCUUUCUUGUGGCUUAUUUUCUGGUAUACCGCACGCUACAUCGCCAUACAAUUUCGUUAAAGCAUCUGGAACAGGGGAAAAGUCUGGCUCUCAGUAACGCUCUGCGUACAGAAAGAGCGGCGACACGAACAGUUUUGCUGGUCCUUGUCGUAUUUCUGAGUCUAUGGAUUCCUUUUUUGAUCAUAGACUUCGCCAUUGUUCAAUGUCCUAACUGCAGAACCGCUAAAUUUCAUCUGGCUCGGGAUAUUACUCUUUCGCUUGUUUAUUUCAGUAGCGGGAUAAAUCCGCUAAUAUAUGCCUGGCGGGUUAAGACGUUCCGAAGGGCGUUUAUCCGUGUACUGGGUCUUCAAAAGCCUAUAGAAAGGAGCGUUUGUUUUUGGAAGAGGAUCUCCACAUCUGAGGCUUCCCUACGUUUCCGUGUUGACAGCUCUGACAAAAAAACUAGGACAACGGAUUUAGGCGUGAAAUCAGAAUCAGAUGAUGUCAGUGUAGGUCGCGUUAAUGAAGCAUUAGAGUUGAGUUAG